CGUCCGAGAUGAUCAGCUCAUUAAAAUUCAACCUCAUCCUCGUCCUGUCCGUCUCCGCGAUGCCCGUGUUUUGGUGCUACCCCGCCCCAUCGCCGAAGGUGUCCGGGACCCCUGACUACGCCCUCCUCCUACUGGGCUGCUGCCGGGCCCGGGCGGGGCCGGGCGAGGGACUGGACGUCCGGAAGCCGCUGUUGGAGGAGGCGUUUGCGAAAAGGUCCUUCCGCAACGGCGUGGGCACGGGGCUGAAAAAAACUCCCUUCCCAAGAGCAAAGUCAUGAAGACGUGUGCAAAGGACGCUGGGAUUGCACCUCCAGCGCCGUAGAGCGUGACUCAUGUGCGAGAAAUCAGUCACACCUUCACCCCUGCGUGUUGGUCUGCUCUCUUAGUACCCUUUC